ACUGACCCUAUACCCUCUACGUAGGAUAAGUCCGGUACGACGACGAAAUAAUCUGUGAAUAUGAGCGUGGCGUGUCUCAGAGUGAGAGCAGUGUGUCGAGCGGUUGGAUACAGCAGACACUUUAGUAGGACGACCGCAGUCAACAUGUCGGCGAAGGUUGGUGACACUAUUCCUGAGGUGGAUCUCUUCGAGAAUGAUCCAAACACAAAAGUGAACACUACAGAAGCCUUUGGAAAAGGGAAACACGUCAUUUUUGGUGUACCUGGAGCUUUCACUCCUGGUUGCUCUAAGACACAUUUGCCAGGAUUUAUCAAGGAUUCGGAGAUGAUGAAGGGCAAGGGUAUAGAUUCUGUGUGCUGUGUAUCUGUCAAUGACCCUUUUGUCAUGCAAGCCUGGGGUGAAAAUCAAGGAGCAACGGGCAAGGUCAGAAUGCUAGCAGACACCUGUUGUGACCUGACUAAAAAACUGGGCUUUGAAUUGGAUGCGACAGGUAUACUGGGUAAUGUUAGAUGCAAAAGGUUUUCAAUGGUUGUGAACAAUGGAAAGAUUGAGGUUCUGAAUGUAGAACCGGAUGGUACAGGACUUACCUGUAGUCUGUCUUCCAAACUGUUGGCCGAAUAGGGUAACCUGUCCUAAAGGAUCCGUAAAAAGACCUGUUGGGUCCUAUACAGGACUGUAUGCAUGAUUAUGUAGGACCUGGAAGUGUAAUUGUAAUGUCAUGUGACACAGCUUUACAUGUACAUCUUCAUUUUAUGCAGUCUUUAUAGGGUAUAUAUAAUGCCCUUGUUUGUUGACAUACUAUUUUGGACUCAUUUUAUAACUUUUCCACAAUUUUUUGUUUUGAAGUUUUAAUGAAGUGCCAUUUUUCUUUCUCUACCAGACUGACUGGUACUAGAAGAAAAAUAAAGAUAAAUUUUUAUUAAAUUCAUGUUUUUGAGAUAUGUAGAAAGUGUUAAUAGGUGUUUUUUUUGGUGG